UUAUAACAGUCUUGGAGGGGUAUUAAAGCAUGCAGAUGGCUGCUCACAUGUGAUGCCAGGUUUCACCCUGGUCAGCAACAAGGGGGAUGUCUAAAGACGUCAGCCAAGACUCUUUGGGGGCUGAUAGUAAACUUGUUUUGGAGUUGAGAUGCAGUGAAGACUAGUGUAGUUUAUAUACCGGAUUGUGCUCUGGAUCUGUGGUUUAGUAAGAUACAAUAUGGACAAACUUCCCUGGAUCACAUAAAAUGUGAGAGAGAGAGAGGAAGAGGAGACUGAAGCAGUUUAACAGAGAGAGAAUACCUAUCACAAACGCACACAAGACAUCAUGUCCGCCUCGAUAAAGCAGGAGAGAACCGUUUGUGUUCUCCUCCCCAACAAAGACCAGCUGGACAUCACUGUCGGGCCAAAGUCCACAGGGCAGGAUGUUUGCAAUCGUGUGGCAGAGCUUCUUGGAAUCAAGGAGCUGCACUUCUUUGGCCUCACAGUGGUGAAGGACAAUGAGCAUAUAUUUUUAGACAUGGAGGAGAAAUUGACCAAGUACUUUCCUAAGGAAUGGAAGCAAGAUACAGCAAAGGGAUCACAGAAGAGACCCUUGCCUAUGGUACUCUGCCUCAAAGUGCAGUACUACGUAGAGAAUGGUAGACUCAUUUGUGAACGAAAGGCACGGCAUCUAUAUUAUUCUGACCUGCGGGAGCGGGUGCUACGGUCUGAAUGUCGUCAGCAGGAGGAGGUGUACUUCCAGCUGGCAGGUUACGCCCUGCAGGCUGACCUCGGUGACCACCAGCUGACAAGGGAGGAUAUGGAGAUCACCCCUUACUUUGAACCCAAGGAGUACUUUCCUCCAUGGAUUGUAGCCAAGCGUGGAGUGAACUAUCUCCUCUGCCAUGGACCCAAGGUGCAUCAGGAGCUGUGGGGCAUGUCUAGUCGUGACGCCACCCUGCUCUUCAUCAGGGAGUCAUGUCGACUGGAGGAUGUACCUGUCACGUAUUACAGACUUCAAAAGGACAAAAAGGCGGAGAGAGGAACAGCAUUGCUCGGUCUGACCCUGCGAGGAAUGCAGGUUUAUCAGGAGGUUAGCAACGUGCGACAGCUGCUGUAUGACUUCCCCUGGUCAAAUGUGGGACGUCUCACCUUCCUCGGUAAGAAAUUUGAGAUCCAGCCAGAUGGCUUGCCAUCAGCUAGGAAGCUGGUUUACUACACUGGGUCAUCGUUCCGCUCCCGCCACCUCCUCCUGCACCUGAGCAGCAGCCAUCGCCUCUACCGCAGCCUCCAGCCUGCCCUUAAACACCUACGCCUGCUGGAGGAGAGCGAAGAGAAAAAGCGUUACAGAGAGUCCUACAUCAGUGAUGACCUGGACUUGGACCCCCCAGGCAGUGAGAGCAGCCCUGGUUUGUCCCGACGCUCCACCAGCAGCUCUGGCAUUGAAGCAGACACCCGCCAGCACAGCAUCUCCACAGAGAUGGCCUCCAUGGAGGAGGAAGUUCAGCGGCACGCUGAGAAGUGUUUCCGCUCCGUAGCCAGCCACGGCAGCUCCUGUACGUCUGGGUUUGAUGCAGGCAGCAAGACUCGAAUAGAAGAUGAGGAGUGGCAAGAGGAAGAGAUGAAGACCAAUGUUGGAAAGGAAGUUCUUGUGGAUGAUCCUGAUGAGAUGUUCCAGUUGGCUGAUCUUCUGGAGGGCAUAUCAGUGGAUUGCUCAGAACUCACCUCAGAGACUCCAACAUCAGAGACCAUGUGUCCCCCAGACAAUGAUGAUCUCACGAACUUACAGAGCAACAAUACAUUACAACAGAUGCUGAACUCAAGGGCACAAGUAUGUGUGGAUCGGCACAGCCACAGUCUAGAUGAUGUCCGUCUGUUCCCACCCCCGGCACCCUUGGGGACGACACUGCCACCUGAUUCCUCCCACAGCUAUACCUUUGGGCUCCCCGACGCCUCAACAAACACAAAGACCCCUGUAGAUCACAAUUAUUACCCCCCCAAACCCUCCUUCUAUGGUCGCAGGUCUACCAACUGCCUCUCCCUGGACCUAUUAGGGGAUGAACAGUUCCUGGAAUUCAUACUUUGAUUACAUUAAGCUCAGAUGUCCACAAAUUUGCCUUUUGUUCAUGUACAGUGCAACAUAAAUCAAAGGUUGCCAACAUAUCAUGCCAUGUGUGCCAUGCGUUGCCAUGUGUACGCUUCAAAUUGCAGAGAGACAUUAUUGAAAAUGAUGGGACUCCUCAUUUCUCUAGUAUGUUUACCAUUUUAUUAGAAAGUUGUGGAUUAGAUAACAAACCUAAUCCAGCAACAUUUCAAUCAGCAAACAGAGCAUAUUUAUUGAUGUUAUUGUAUAUUUUGUACAUACUACUUGCACUAUUUUAUUACAGUUCAGUUUCCCCAAACAAACACAUUUGUAAUCAGUUUUAUUGUCUUUUGUAAAAUGUCUAAAUAGGUUGAUGUUGGGUACAAAAUAUGACUUAACAGAUAUUUUAAAAGUUGAAGGCAAUGCUGUCUCAUGCUGCAUUGGGUAUUCAUUAGAUGGGACUUGCCAUGUAGCCUAUUUCCUAAUGUGAACACUUGUUUUAUUCAGGAGAAUCUCCAGAAGCCAUGGUGCUAAUGUUUGUACUCCUGUAUUCCUAUCUUUUUUUUUUUAAAGUCAUAUUUUAUAAUAUACUCUAUUUUUGUACAGUGUGCUCCAUCAUGCUUUUCCUAUUAGUCUGCCACAGCAAAGUAGCUACUGAUGUGGAAAAUUGAACCUCUUUAACGCUGGUAAUGCAUUCAUCCAAAGCUUCCCCAUUCUAUACCCUCCUCCCACUGUCGUAAUUACAACAGAAAAGUAUUAUCUGUAAAGCACUAUUUCUGUAACCAUUAAGUGUACAAUGAAUCUGCAGUAUUUUUGUGUUAUGUAACCUCCCCAAACAAAGAGCCUCUCUCAGACAUAAUUUAAACUGUUUUGUAAAUGAUAAUUGGUAUGCAAAAAAACUGAUGUCUUUAGCCAAUAUGAGCUCACUUGGAAAUAAUGUUAUAAUAAUAAUUAAACACAGAAAAAAAACCUUUUUCUCAAUGCCAAUAAUGUAUGAACAACUGACUUACUUUACAAUGCUGAACAGUUCAUUUUUAUCUAAAGCACUGUUUUUUUUAUAAUAGUGAAAAUAAAUUCUUUAUGCCACUAAGUGAA